ACAGGACGCUAUCCGAUCAGUCCUCUCAGUUCAUCAGAAACGUCGGAUCGAGUGAGAUCAAUCGCCGGGGUAUUUUUCGGCUCGACAAUAACCGAUCCGGUCCGCGUUUCUAUAUACCAUACGCGAUCGCGCAUCUUCAUCGUUAUCAAGGAUCUAAUUCCGGUAUUCACCGAUCAACCAACAAGAGAAAUUACUCCUUCAUCAAUAGGCAAUGGUGCUGUGAUUGUGGAUCACCGUAUAAUUAAUUCAAUAUUGUUGAAGUUGAGCGAGCAUAAUGAACGGCAGCAGUGCGGUUCACGUCGACAGAGCGUCAAACAUUUACAACAACUCGCUGGUUCGUUUCUGGGAGCACACCUUCACUGAUCUAGCCGAUCCUCGGACGAAAGACUGGUUCCUAAUACCAUCGCCAGUGCCUGGUAGUACUAUUUUAAUUGGUUAUCUAUACUUCGUUCUAUCAUGGGGACCGAAAUACAUGGAGCAUAGGAAACCGUAUCACUUGAGGAACAUUCUAGUCUGUUACAACAUGCUGCAAGUCCUCCUAAGCCUCUGGCUGUUUUACGAAGGUCUGGACGGAGCUUGGCUUCGGAAGUACAGCUGGAAAUGCCAACCCGUCGACUUUUCCAAUUCUCCGGAAGCUCUCAGGGUCGCCAGAGGCGUGUACAUUUACUUCCUGGCUAAACUAUCGGAGCUCCUGGACACGGUGUUCUUCGUCCUCCGAAAGAAACAGAAUCAAAUCACGUUCCUUCACUUGUACCACCACACGGUGAUGCCGAUGGUCUCGUGGGGCGCUACCAAGUACUAUCCAGGAGGACACGGCACAUUCAUAGGUGUCAUCAACAGUUUCGUGCACAUAAUAAUGUACACGUAUUAUCUGCUGGCCGCUUUGCUACCUCAAUAUCAGAAGUACUUGUGGUGGAAGCGAUACAUCACCACUCUACAAAUGGGUCAAUUCUGCCUGGCGUUUCUGCACAGCUGUCAACUGUUGAUCUACGACUGCGAUUACCCGAAGUGGUCUCUGAUUAUAAUUCUGCCGAACGUUAUAUUCUUCUAUUUCCUAUUCGCUGAUUUCUAUGACAGCGCGUACAUGGGCCAGAAGACACCCGCGAAAUUGACAAAGGACAAGGAAAACGGAGUCGCGAACGGAAAACCGAGUAGGAAAACGAACGGAAAAUUAACUGAAGGGAAGACGGACUAGUUCCGAAGUUUCGAAAAGCAAACGGCGGUAAAGAGAGGAAUUGACCAAGACGAUUCGCGAGUGCGUUGCCGUUGUCUCUCCGUUCGGUGAAAUUUCCAUUUCAUUCUACGAAAUUGUUCACGGUGGUAAAUCUUAAGUCUCCACUAAUUUCGGAACCAAUGGCCGUUCCCUUGAAGUUUCAAACGGGAUGAUAUCGUUCUUGAAAAAUUAAUCGUUUCUUCUUGAGGACCAAUUAGUUGUUAAAUAGAUAUUACGACUGCGCGUACAAACUGGAAUUUCGAUGCGUUUAAAGGCAAGAAAAAUCUACUUAAACAGAAUAUUACCAUCUCAAUACUGCCAGUUGUUCUACGCUCUGCAAGUGGUCGUAUGACGUAGAGUUUCGUAAAUUAAAUUCGCGGCUCAUAAUUGCAUUGCAAAGAUCCAGUGAUCUAUGACCAAUCGUUUUUUCCAUUCGUGAGUCACAUUAACUGUGCUACAUUUAUAAAUCGAUUGUCCACAAAAUUGUAUAAUGAAGCCUACGUCAAAGAUUUAAUUCUUCUUUUUCCAUUACCUUCGACUAAAAGGAGAAUGAUCCAAAACUUUUCAGUUGCAAAUGAAUGCAAUUUGAAUGAUUGUACAUAUUUGAUAUCCGUGAAAUUUUAGCGAGAUGAAAAGACGUAGAAGGUAAGGCCGAGGAAGAAGUCGAAAUCGCGUCCUUUUGGGUAUAACCGUAAGCGUGUAAUUAAGAAUGAAAUUUAGUAAUUAAGUCCAAAGAGCUUUAACAGUUUGGGAAAUGUUCCAUCGUAAAAUAUUUAACAAUCAGUUUUUAGCACAAAUCUAAUUGCAUUUGGAUAUGAUGAAUGAGAGUUGAAACUAAAAUCACAGUUGCGUGCAAUAUCUUUUUUGUACUAUAUCGGUCGAUUACUUUAAGGUAGAAUAAACUUACGAUUACGAUCAUGA